CCAAUGAAGCGCAAAAGAGCGGUCACGUGACAAUUUUGUUUAGAACGUCUGCGACGGCUUUUUGCUGCUGCGGUAUUUUUUACUUGAGCGUAAAAUAAUCGCGCGUUUAUCCAUCGGCGCUCUCCGCAUGUGGUUCGCGUAGCCAAUUUCGCUUGAGGAAGCCUGUCCAAACAAGCAUGUCUGGAUCCCAAAGGAAAAGGACGCGUGUGGACAAUGCUGUCUCGCAAGAUGGACCUGCCACGAAACGCAUGACACUCUGUGCACCAGCCCCAUUCAGCGAUGAGCCCGCGGCAGUGGCGGAGCGAGACAAAUGUGACUACAGCAUCAAGAUCACAAAGGAAAUGGCAGCAUCGGGGCAAGCACCUCGGCCAAUUAGGGUGUACGCUGAUGGCAUCUAUGACUUGUUCCACCAAGGCCAUGCAAGGCAACUAAUGCAAGCGAAAUCUGCCUUCCCAAAUGUCUAUCUCAUUGUUGGUGUGAACAGUGACCAGCUCACUCAUACAAUGAAAGGAAGAACUGUGAUGACUGACGUUGAGCGGUAUGAGGCAGUCCGCCACUGUCGAUACGUUGACGAGGUUCUAAGGGACGCACCGUGGGUGAUAGACGAGGCUUUUCUUCAGAAGAACAAGAUUGAUUUUGUUGCACACGAUGAGAUACCCUACUGUACGGGCAAUGACGAGGAUGUGUACAAGUUCAUCAAGGAAAAGGGCAUGUUUCUUGCCACUCAAAGGACAGAUGGAAUCUCUACGUCAGAUCUAGUUGCAAGAAUUGUCAAAGACUACGACGUGUAUGUCAGGCGAAACCUCGCCAGGGGUUACUCUGCUAGAGACAUGAAUGUCUCCUUUUUAAAUGAGAAGAAGUUUUUGCUUCAGAACAAGAUGGAUGAAUUAAAAGAUAAGAGCAAACAACUAGUGGAGAAUUUUGAAGGAAAAAGGCACGAGCUCAUCCAGAAGUGGGAAGAAAAGUCAAGGGAAUUCAUCUUCAACUUCCUAGAGCUCUUCGGCAGGGAAGGAAGGCUGAACCACCUAUGGAAUGAAGGCAAAGACAGACUGAAGAAUGCCCUGUCUCCUGGAAGCAGCCCAGCACGAAGUCCAUCUCCGUCCUACUUGGACGAGCAUAUGGGCUCACCCCCUGCCAAGACAGUGCGCCUCGGCAAGGGCGCAACCGCCUUCUGUCACGACUUCUCGGAAGAUGAGGAAGAGGAGGAGGAGGAAGACGAACCAGAACGGCACGCCGACGAGACAAGAGACUUGGCUGCACUUAUUAGAGCUUAGGAGUUUUGUCAUUUUAUCAACAGACCAAUUGGAGGGUAUUUUUUUGGAAAGGGAGGGAGGGAGGGGGGGGCGUUUUGCGCCAUUGACGACUUUCCUUGCACCGGCAAUCUGUGCCUGCUGGCAGAGCAGGAUGCGUGUUGUGAAUUGGAGGCUGGCACAGGCGGCCCCUUCUUGUCUGGAGAAGAAGGUGCGCGCUAAAGCAGAAGCCCUGCUAAAGUGCACGCUCGUUUUUUUGUCUUCCUGCUGAGUGCCAGUGAAGUGAGCUUUUACCACUGCCCAUUGUCCCUCUUGUAGUACGGAAGUGGGUACCAUGUACUACUCUUCUCAUUUCGCGAUUCUGGAAAUGAAAAUUGUCAGCGGGCACGUACCAUAUUUAUGGGCUGAAUGAGGAAUGUAGGCUAGUAAAAAAAAAGUGUAUUGAGGAGGCAGGCAGAGUAUUUUGACAACUGACCUUGCUGUCGAUGUGUGGGUGUGCUAAAAUUUUAUUUCAUCUUUCUCUUUUUGCACACACAGAAUGUACGUUCAUUUUCCCCCAAAAAAUCUUAGUUUGUUAAUAUGUUGACAAGUUGCAGUGCUUCAGCCAAUGUCCAUUGUAUUUAUGCUUCUGGCUGUAUGGCUGCUGUAGCCAUUUGAGGUAUGCUACAAAAGAGCUGCUCCUGUGUUACAUUGCCUCUGGUUCGUUGAACUGUGAGUCACCUGUGUGUUCAUGGUCUGCAUGCACUAUUUAUGUUUGCCUGUGUGUGAAAAAGGCUUGUUAUAAACGAGACACUGUUUAUUAGGUCUUACUUUCUUUUUAGCUCUUCAGUUAUGAGAUAUAUAUGUAUAUGUGCAAAGUUUUGUUGAAUUGCAUUUUUUUUGAUUCCAUGUUCGUGAAUUUACUAGGCAUGUUAGCUUUGUAUUUAAGAAAUCUACAUGGCACUCCUUACUUCAUGUUUUCUUGAAAGAUGUCUCGAAUGAUGAGUGGAAAGGCAUACGUUGAGGCCUUUUAUGCUAUGUGCCUGAUGCUGACUACUUGGGAUUGCCGUGUGAAAGGUGCUGUGCUUCUAAGGAAUGUAAGCUAGAUGCAAGGCUGCAGAUUCAGUCUUGGGCUGCUUCAGUUCUUUCUUUUUCUCUCUGGACAAAAAGUAAACAUAUAAGCUUAGAUUGAGCUUCUCAUGAAGGAAUCUGGUGCGAUUAAAACUAAUUGUGGCCUGUUAGAGUAUGUCUUGUAGCCUGACAAUUACCUGCCAUGGUUGUUCAGUGGCUGACAUGUUGCACUGUUGAGCACAAGGAUGCAGUUUCAAUAUUUGUCUGCCUUGGUGGCCACACUUAGGAAGAAUGCAAAAAAUGCUCGUGUGCCGUGCUUUGUGUGCACAUUAAAUAACACUUUCCAAAGUGUUUUUCACCAAUCCUCAUUGAUAGGGUUCUGCAUUUUUGGAAUAAUCCUAUAGUAUUUGAAAAACACUCACUGGUAAAAAAAGCAAAUUUAUGAUUUCGGUUUAUUCAAGUAACUCUUGUGAGUUUUGGUGCUCUGAGUUGUGACCAUAAGACAAUUCCAUGACUGCAUUCACAGUAAAAGAGCCAGAAGCUAAAAACCUCCAUUGUAACAGCAAACUUUUAGCAUGGUCUGUUAAUUAAGCAGAAGUUCCUAAAAGGAAAUACAAGUUGUCUGCAUUAAUUGAGACCUAAAAGCUUGGUCUACUCUUCAGCAUCAUGUACUGUCUUGCUGUGUGCCUGCAGGUGCCAUUUAGUUGACUGAAUUACGCAUCUGUAUCGACAUUCGUGCAGGCGUCCAUUGCUUGCUGGACAUGGUAAUGAGAAAGCACAGGGAAGUAUUUAAUAGGUCACUGCACCUCUACUGCUUUUGAUGUAAAGUGGAGCUGUGAAAUAUUGUAGUAAAAUAUUACAGCAGAGCUGUUAUGGUCGAGGUUUGCCAUGUGUCGUAGAGAGAAAGUUAUCGGGAACAGGCACGCGCUCAAUCACUGCUCGAGCACUCGGUACAGAUGGUCAAUGAGAGAAGCUGAAACGUGCGUCCCCUAAUUGGUGUUUGCCGCCCGUGUGUUCCCUUAAUUUUUAGUGGACCAUUGUGGUGAUUAGUGGGAUUUGCACAAUUUCUGUGGUAAAUAUGUGCUAUAGGAGAGAGCAAGCAUAUCCACGUAUAAUAUAGUAUAGUAUAGUAUAGUAUAGCAAGGGGCGGGAAAGAGACAACUGAGAGGGUAAAAGCCUAGCCAAGCCAGGACCAGCUAGGCACCCUUCAGCCAUGCUGUUAUACAGCCUUGCGCGACUUAGUGCAAGCUGCGUUAACUUUUCCUAACAACUUCAACUACUGUACCACAGGGAAUUGUGGUACAGUUGAAACCCGCAAUAACGAAAUCGCCGGGGAGAGCACAAAAUUUCGCUCUUGAGGGAAUUUCGUUGGUGUGAGAAUGUGGUAGAAAAGUCAUGCAAUUUACAAAAAAAAACACAUUUUAUUUCCGAAAGUCAGAAAGUUUGCUUUGGCGGGCCUUAUCAUGCAGCAAUUUCAUGCCUCUCGAUCGGGAAUCUCGUUUGUCACGGCACAAAGUUCGCCUCAUGCACUGGUCAGUGGCGGCGGCACCGCGCUGUAACCGGUACCGUCAUCAAGUGCGCCUAUAUACAGGCGAACCUUCUUCCGGCUCCGCUGAAUCAGCGCAGAAUCGUGGACAGCGAGCUGCACGCGACGCCCAAUUCUUCGGCAAUGUCCAUUUUUUUCCUGCCCUUUCCCACCUCACUGACGAUUGCAGCCUUAUCUUCCAGCGUGAUGAACUUCCGCUUUUUCGUUGGAGGCGGCAUCUUCGCAGGCAGCGAAAUCGAACAAAGCCGACAAAGCCAAGAACGAAGCCGAAAGGACAAAGCAGACAAAGCCGAGCACAGCCAAGACAACGAAUGAAACUCCAUGAGGAAUGUGGAUUUGGCUACGUAGUCCGCGAUAACGAGCAGGUGUCUCGGCAAGCCAUCAUCAUCAACAUUGUCUCCAUCUUUAAGUUUUUUUGUAAACAAUGAUGGCGGCUGCUUCUCAAGUGCGCUGUAGCGAUAGUUUUGCACAAUUUAGGUGCAGCAUGAAUGCAUGUCAGCAGUGUUCGAAUGUAGUUAACGUUGCGAGAGUAGAUUAUUUGUGCAGUCGUGUUUCAAAAAUUUCGUUAAUGAGAGACUGCGGUAUGAAUAUCUUUCGUAGUCGCGAGUUACGAAAUGCAUUGGCUCCUAUGGGCGUUCGCCGGUGCUCCGAAAAUAUUUUGUUGCGGUGAGAAUUUCGUUCCCUCGGGAUUUCGUUAUCGCGGGUUUCGACUGUACUGUGUUGAGAAUUUGAGUCAAAAUGUUGAGGUGGGAAUGCCAGCAGUACGUAACCAACAUAAAUAUUUGCUUUCGGCCUUCACAACGUUGCAACACUACCUUGAUGGCAAGAGAGUUGGUGCAUACCGUUGAAUUGUCGAGCUCUAGUUUUCUGUGUAUGCAUUACCAAGAAUGGCCUGCCUUUUCAGGUACUGCACCUGGGUUUACUUGCCCUUUAUGCAAAGCUUUGGAAGGGUGUUCCUGAUGUCGUAAACCAUUCCAUAAUUUGUAAAAAUUAUAGGGCAGUGACAGGUUCAAACAGUGGUAAAUGCGAAUGCACAUAUUACAGUAGGUUGGAAUAGAUUUGAGUGUAAAUGGAUGAGACACAAGCUCACCACUGCUUCUUCUGUCUCAUCCAUUUGCCAACUUGUUGUUGUUGGAUCAACUUGCCCAACAAAGCAUUUUUAUUAAGUAAAAAUACAGUAGGUUGCAGCAGUGGUGCAAAUGUUCGCUCUAAUUAGGAAAAGUUCCUGCUGUAUGCUGUUUUUUUUUUACAGCUAAGCUAUAUAUGGCUAGGCGAAACCAAAACUCGUUUGUCCUAUGUGCGCAAAAAUUGGGGGACGCUUAAGCUUCGCCAUUAAGAGUUGAACGCGAUAGCGAUAUCCUGCCCCUAGUGCGCACUUCGAACACUACGAGUGCUUAACAGAAUGCGCGCAAUAAGAUGUGUGCCUUGUGUAAUGGGCAGCAUGCUUUAAACCAGGAGCAAUUAUGCGCGAGAAACUUUUUCGAAGUUGCGAGGCACCCACUACGUGGUCCUAAAGGAAUACGCGCAGUAAUGUGUGUGCCUUUUGUAAUGGGUGGCUGCCUUUAAACCACCAAGUCGAUAUGAUAUUGACAUGAUAUGACGCCAAUGUACGCAAUGUACGCUUGUACCACGCAAUAUUACUGCGAUAUUACAUCUCGUACUGUGACACCUGUAUACAGGACGCGUAUUUUUGGGAAGCAUGAAAGUUACUUUCAGUGCAGCUUCAAGCAGAGGCGUGGCUGUGUGGUAGAACACCUGCUUGCGACGCAGACGGCCUGGGUUCGAUUCUCACUCGGACCCAACAUUUUUAUUAUUUAUUUUAUUUGCAGCUUUUUCGAUUUUUCGGUCACAGACAAGAUGAUGACUUUUCGCUCACAACCAACGGCGCCGACGCCGACGGCGGAAUUUCUGCGAUACGAGCUCUUUAACGCUAUCGCGUUAAAAACACCUAGCACGUAACUGCCACAGAAGUUGGGCAAGCCCCUUUGCUCACCACUGAAGUUGAAGAAGUCAUCCAGGGCAAAAUGUACAUGCCAAAAAGAUUGGUCAAAUCCCACUGCUUACUACUGCUCCGCUAAAAAUUAAGAAGGGAACACACAGUUGGCAAACACUGGUUAAGAUUUCUGGACAGACGUAACCAAUAAUUGAGAAAGGCUUUAAUGAGCCGUUGGGAUCAACCCAGUGAUAAACACUGGGGCCGCAUGUUUAAGCUUCACUGGCUAAACAUCUGUACAGAGUGCUUGAGGAGGUGAUUUUUUGUUUUUGCUGUGUUUUUUAUUAUUAUGGGUACUAAAGGCAAAAUGUGAGCAUAUCUCGAUAAACUCAAACUUUUGCAAACCAAAAAAAAAAAAAAAAAUCUCCAGUUUUGCCCACAAACCAAUUCCAAAAAUGCGGAACUCCACUUAUAGUCCACCGCAUAGUUUCAUGACGUUAAGCCCUACAUUUAAGUUUCUUAAUAUUUUAGUGUAAAAAAGUGUGGAUAAUGGGUCACACGCACAGCACUUUACUAUACAGAGGGAUGGUUGAGUGCAAAUGAUGAUGGUUGCUGAAUGCUCAAUUAGAGUAUCUCUACUGAAGUGUCUUCUCUCCUUAUUUACAGUUCUACGAGAGCCCUUAGCUCAAAUUUUAGUUCGAAUGCUGUAACAUUCAGGCCUGUUUUUAAGUUUCGCGUGUGCACAGCUUGAGAAUGCCACAGAGUUUUGCUUGAGUAUUGCAAAAAAGCUUAUGUGUAGUUUGGUUUGUCAUAAUACACAAAUAUGUGUAAUACGCGCACGAGCCAAAUGGCGGUUAUUCUGACUGACUCUUAAAAGGCUUCAUUCUUUUUAAUGAAGUCGGGCAAUGAUUUGGCUGCAUUGGUCUUAGGCAUGUUUGCAUGCUUCGCACUGCCUGUUCGUUUUUUUUUUUAAGUGUUGACUCUAGUGAACUACUGUAUGCAUAGCUUUGCUGUCUUUUUACAUUUUUAGGCUCUUUUUUUUGUUAGCUACAGUAGUUGCAUGUUCAUGCAGUUGCGAACAGUGUGCCUUCAGAAAACAAUAUGACUGCAUAGUGUCACAUUGUUUCCAGCUAUUCUGGCAGAAUAUAUCUUCACAAGUACAAUGUCUGCAUUUGUGUAUGUUCACUUUCUGUAAUUUGUGUCUGUCAUUCUGUGACGCAUGUAAGCUUUGAGUGCAAUAGUCUCUUGGGCAAGCCAGUACUGACACUGUAAAUCUUAGUUCUCUGUAGGCUAUGCAUACACGACUUGGCGAGGCAUCUUUGUAAAGUUAUUGCAGCACAUUUUGUGACGAAGGCUUUGUUUGUGAUGCAUUUUAGUACACAGCUCUAUUGUGCACAUGUGCGCAAUAUUUAGUCACAACAGCUAUUUAUAUUUGGGGCAUUGGAUGUGGUUGAGAUUCCUUAUAUGUUUCCGUUUUUUUUUUGUUGCUUCAGAAAUUCCCUUCAGAUUGUUUUACCAAGAGGUGUCUUGUGCAACAAGACUUGAAAUUGGAAUUGCUGCUAAAUUCCUAUGUUUUGAAUUAGAAAUAAAAAGUGUUGCGGAAAAUGCAUUGCACGUCACAUACAUUUUUAUUCAUCAUCACACGCAAGUAAAGAGACAUACAUCAUAUGGUAUUAGUAGUCAUUCAUCGUAUAUGUUGACACAGAAACAGAACGAAACAUCCGCAAUUCUGAACAAACACAGAAACAUAGAAGAAAUCAAAUGCUUGGCUAUCUGCCAAGCUGCAGUGUAAGCUGCUCUCAACGACGUUGGACACAACCAUCUAAGAAGACAGAGAAUUACACAUUUGUAAUGUUUAUGAGGAUAUAUUAUGGGCAGGCAUGCAUGUUAACUAGAUCAGGUAUCAUAUCCACACAUUUCGUUUGCACUGUUCUACAUUUGGUCUUUGAAUGUUGUCCAUAUGCCUAUAUUCAUUUGCCUUGUGCACUAAAAGUAGAGACUUGAUGUCUGUGCUGCUUCAGCAAAGGAGGCAUCGUGAAGUGUAGACCUCAACUGUCUAGGGGAUCAGGCCUGUGUAGUGUGCACAUGUGAUACAGAGCCACGUAAAUUUGAAAGGAUGAGGAUACAAAUAUGCCUUUUUACAAAUGUGCUACUGAGGCUUAUCUGCUUGUGCAACUGGUAUGUUAGCAUACAUGCUUGCUUGGGAAAACAUGAAUUGCAUGGUUGCAUAUACUGUACACAUGCAUUGCUUUUCGAUGGGCCAAGUUUGCAUCUUUUGUAUAUUUUCUCUUUCAUAGAAAUUUAUGUAGCUCUAUACACUCUGUGGAUUUCCAACAACACAUGUAGUGUAAAAAGUACAUACACACGUAUUUAUAUAUGUAUAUAGGCAUAAAAAACAGCAAAUAGAAAACACACA